CAACCGACUGUGAGUGUUGUUCACGAGUGAACAUGGUCCUAGUGCCCGCAGGCUCUCCUGUUCAUUUUCAAUAAAGCGUUCGUUUUUGGACUGUAAAAGGUGUGUGAGGGGGGACAUGUGUCCCCACCAGAAACCACGCCCCUGGUAGAUAGGAUUAGAAGUUGGAAGGAAAUUUCGACCGCACCCCAUGUCAAGGUCUGACGGCCAUUGUCAAACCAUCAGCCAAUCACAGCCUCUCAUCAGGCCACAGGGGGCGGAGAUAAAGACGAGAAGCGAAAGUGAAAAGACAGAAUCUCUUCUGACUGCAGGAGACAGACAUGGCGUAUCAUCGGCUCGAGGCAGAGGGAGAAGAACUCAGGAUAGCACUGGUUGGGAAAACUGGAGUUGGGAAGAGUGCAGUAGGAAACACCAUCCUGGGAGGAAAAGUCUUUAUAUCUAAGCCAUCAUCCUCCUCAGUGACGUCCGAGUGUAAAAAACAAACAGCAGUGAUUGUUGGCCACACACUGGCUGUUGUUGAUACUCCAGGUCUGUUUGACACCAGAGAAAAUGAAGAGGUGGUGAAGAAGAAGAUCGCUAAAUGCAUCUCAUUCGCUUCUCCUGGUCCUCAUGUGUUCCUGGUCGUCCUCCAACUGCAAAGAUUCACAAAACAAGAAGAGGAAACAGUGAAGAUUCUUCAGACGAUGUUUGGAGAAGAGGCCAGAAAGUACACGAUGGUACUGUUCACCCAUGGAGAUCUGCUGAGGGAGGACGACGUCUCCAUUGAAGAGUUCAUCAGAGAGAAUAAUCCUCUCUAUAACUUCAUCGGGCAGUGUGAUGGAGGAUACCACGUGUUUGACAACCGAGACAAGACCAUCACUCAAGUCAGUGACCUGGUGAGGAAGAUCAAUGUCAUGUUGAAGAGAAAUGGAGGAAGUUUUUACACCAAUGAAAUGUUUGCAGCAGCUGAGCGAGCCAUCAUAAAAGAGACAGAACGUCUGAAGAAAGCACAUCCAGAUAUGGACCAAAAAGAAGUCCGAACACGAGCUGAGGAAGACAAUUCCUUCAUCUCGAACUUUGUGAAAGGCAUCGGAGUUACAUCCAUUGGAGCAGGUGUUGGAGCAGGUGUUGGAUGCAUGUUUGGGGGGGUAGGAGCUGUAGCAGGAGCUAAAGUAGGAGCUGCAGCAGGAGCUGCAGUGGGUGCAUUGGCGGCUUCUGUUGUGGCCGUAAAGAAGAGUGGCGCCUGUGUUAUACAAUGGUCGAGGCCACAACCUGGCGCUGACCUGCGGGUGCUGCUGGUGGGUCAGGAGAGAGUGGGGAAGAGCUCCGCAGGAAACACCAUCCUGGGAAAGGACGAGUUUAAAUGUCGGUUGACCUCCGUACCUCUGACCCUGAGCAGCGAGAAGAGGGACGGGUUGGUUGUGGGUCGCAGGGUGACGGUGGUCGACACCCCCGGACUCUUCAGCACUCGGCUGACGGAGGCCGAGGUGAAAACUCAGCUGGAAGAGGCUCUGAGGCUGAGCGCUCCGGGGCCGCAUGCCUUCCUGCUCACCCUCCAGCUGGGUAGGCUGUCGGAGCAGGAGCGUGGCGGGCUGGAGGCGCUGCAGAGGAUGCUGGGUCCUGACGUCUCCAGACACACCGUGAUGCUGUUUACCUACGGAGACCGACUGGGAGACGAGGACAUGGAUCAGUUCAUCAGCGAGGACCAGAACCUGCAGCAGCUGCUCCGCAAGAGCAGCGGCCGGUUCCACGUGUUCAAAAACAAAGAGAAGAAGGAAAACAGGUGUCAGGUGGAAGAGCUGCUUCAGACGGUGGACGACGUCUCUGAGGGGGGGCAGAAGUUCUACAUCAACACGUCUCAAUCACUGAGUCUCUUGGUCCUUUUCAGGAAUAUCUUCAGUUUCAGUUGGUUGUUUAACGCCAUCGGUUACGUUUUACGGUGGUUUGAGACGCACCUGGAGUGAGACCAGAGGUCUGAGACCAGAGGUCUGAGACCAGAGACCUGAGGUCUGAGACCUGAGACCAGAGGUCUGAGGUCUGAGGUCUGAGACCAGAGGUCUGAGACCUGAGACCAGAGACCUGAGGUCUGAGACCAGAGACCUG